AUGAAUGAGGAGCUCCACAUGAGCCAAGGUUUAGGUCCACUGUCCGGGUGGAUGUCAUAUACAUCUCAUGAUGUAUUUUCACAACGAAAGGCUGCAGAGCAAGAUGUUGCCAAUGUGGCAUUGGAUGAUCCUCCGGAACUCGCAAUGUACAAGAACCGUUUGCAAGCGUACACUCAAAAAUCAUCCAUUCCACUCCUAGUUUAUGAAACAAUUAAUGAAGGAGGAGUUCCAUAUGAGCCAAGGUUUAGGUCCACUGUCCGGGUGGAUGUAGCAUCAUAUACAUCUCAUGAUGUAUUUUCACAACGAAAGGCUGCAGAGCAAGAUGUUACCAAGGUGGCAUUGGAUGAUCCUCCGAAACUCGCAAUGUACAAGAACCGUUUGCAAGAGUACACUCAAAAAUCAUCCAUUCCACUUCCAGUUUAUGAAACAAUUAAUGAAGGAGGAGUUCCACAUGAGCCAAGGUUUAGGUCCACUGUCCGGGUGGAUGUAGCAUCAUAUACAUCUCAUGAUGUAUUUUCACAACGAAAGGCUGCAGAACAAGAUGUUACCAAGGUGGCAUUGGAUGAUCCUCCGGAACUCGCAAUGUACAAGAACCGUUUGCAAGAGUACACUCAAAAAUCAUCCAUUCCACUCCCAGUUUAUGAAACAAUUAAUGAAGGAGGAGUUCCACAUGAGCCAAGGUUUAGGUCCACUCUCCAGGUGGAUGUAGCAUCAUAUACAUCUCAUGAUGUAUUUUCACAACGAAAAGCUGCAGAACAAGAUGUUACCAAGGUGGCAUUGGAUGGUAUAACACAAAAGAUACUUAUUCGUGAGAUUAACAUUAAAAGCAGAUUGUAA